AUGGGCCGACGUGAUGUGCACGUCGUGGAGUCCCAUGAUUUCAAUGCGGCCUACAUCCAGAAGAACCCGUCCAGAAUCUGCAGGUGGCAGACACCCUCGAUGGUUCUGGUUCCCGUUCAUAUCGAGGAGACAAGCCAUUGGUUUCUGAUCAGCUUGCAAUUCACCCACCGUCAACUUACGGUGCAUGACCAUGAGAACGAGAGGGCCAUAUCCGUCGCUCAUUUCAUCCUUUCCAGCGCACCAGAGCUCAACGGGUGGACGGUGAGUUACAGUUUAGGUUCAAUCAAUGACGGCAAUAAUUGUGGUGUCAUUCUGCUCCACGAAGCGGACAAAAUCUUGGGACACACGGACCCAAGCCCUCUAAACUUCGUCGCUCUCCGGAGAAAUUUCUUACAACUGAUUGUGGCUGUUCACCACACGGAUGUCUCCCAGAUGUCCCUAGGCACGAGCACCCCUUCAUCCGCAAGGACAACAAGUCCUGACCCCAGUCCCUGCACAAGAUUGAAACCGAAGUUCGACGACCUGCCACCGCAAAUCAGGUUGAAGUUCCUCGCUUCCUCCAUGGGAUGCAAAGAAGUCUUAGAGGAUUUUCGAGACCUGGUGGAUAUUCUGAAAGGCCGAUCACUCCGAGACCGUGGUGACACUCAGGGAAUCAUGCAGCUAUACAAUAGCAGUCGAAACCUCAGGCAGGAUGUUCUUUCCAACCGUACCCCAUCCAAUUCUAGCAUAGAGAGCGCUCUGAAACUCUACAAUACUCUCAGGUCGCCUGGCCAGAGUUCAGAAAAUGUCUGUACCAGUUUUCUGGGAUGUGACAAAGGAAGUCUUCAGGCAGCAGUUCAACUGUAUACCCGAAGACGCGGCUAUGAGAAGCUGAGUAGCCUCAAAAAGGACUUUGGGGCUAUGUGUAUAGCUUCGACAUAUCGUGCCCUGAUCAAAAUUUUCCAACGCGAAUCAAUGGAAGGCACAUCAGAGGGAAUAAGAAUGCGAGUGGACGAUGGGCAAGCGGACUGCAUCAAGCGCGGCCUGAAGUCAGACACGCGAGCCUACUGGUUCAUCUUGAGAUACACCCAGCAAGACAAAGACCCUACCGCCCUCGGGCAGCUUAAGAAGGCCAAUUACUGGGGCACAUAUCUACACGAAUUUGAAAACAUCUGCGGCCCUAGCCACCCGCUAUGGAUGUUACGGCCUGUAAGAAGGAUUUCAUGUGCUCUCGACCCUGACUAUAGAGUCAGGCCUUCAUGUUAUGAAAACCUCAACAAAAGCAAUAUUCAAAUGGUGGUUGACCUGUUUAAGAACAGCAAUCGCCGGCUUUGGGAUUUUCUACCACGAUGUGAGCAAGGCAUAGAGCGAAUACUCGCAGGUGAAGGUGUUGAUGACGGAUUCAUGGAGGAGUUUGAGAGACUAUUCUCGGGUUAA